AUGGUGAAGGGCAUUCUGUAUAGGAUGAAGGAGCUUCUUACAGUGGAUAAAAGAGCCACCAAACUCAAUUAUCUACUCGAAAAGGACCGUUUCAUUAGUGACCCUGACAACUAUUCGACAGGCCGUCGGCACUUCUGGGCUCCAGAAAUCGUGGACGUGAUAUUUCUGAAGUAUUACAAAGGCGACAAGAUGCGUGGUGCAAAGGAUCCUGAUUUCGUCGAUGCAAUGUAUUCUAGGAUUAUGGAUACAUUGAAGAAGAGAAGUGUACAGAACCAAGUGGACACUCUAGAAGUGAUACGAGAAACGAUUGGAGAGAAG